GGGGUGACCGGCGCCCAGGCGGUCCAGUGCCUCGUGUGUUCUUAUUUGUUCACCUCUGACUAUGCAAUUCUGAAGCCUCCCCCAUUCGGGGGACCCGGCAGCCCGACCGACACCUUCCACCCGCCUCGCGCCUUGGUCUCACAGCACAGAAGGAUCGCUCCCUAACGCCUUUCACCAUUAAGAGGAAAGCGAUGGAGGAGCUGAGCGCUGAUGAGAUACGGCGGAGGCGCCUGGCUCGACUUGCUGGUGGACAGACCUCCCAGCCGACCACCCCGCUCACCUCUCCCCAGAGGGAGAACCCUCCGGGGCCCCCGAUAGCGGCAUCAGCCCCCGGCCCCUCCCAGAGUCUUGGUCUCAAUGUCCACAACAUGACCCCAGCUACCUCCCCAAUAGGUGCAUCAGGAGUAGCCCAUCGAAGCCAGAGCAGUGAAGGAGUCAGUUCUCUCAGCAGCUCGCCCUCCAAUAGCCUUGAAACGCAAUCGCAGUCUCUCUCACGUUCCCAGAGCAUGGAUAUAGAUGGUGUCUCUUGUGAGAAAAGCAUGUCCCAGGUGGAUGUGGAUUCAGGAAUUGAAAAUAUGGAAGUUGAUGAAAAUGAUCGAAGAGAAAAAAGGAGCCUCAGCGACAAGGAGCCGCCGUCGGGUUCUGAAGUAUCUGAAGAGCAGGCGUUGCAGCUGGUCUGUAAGAUCUUUCGUGUCUCCUGGAAGGACCGGGACAGAGAUGUCAUCUUUCUUUCUUCUCUUUCUGCACAGUUUAAGCAGAACCCAAAAGAAGUGUUCUCUGAUUUUAAGGACUUGAUUGGCCAGAUUUUAAUGGAAGUGCUAAUGAUGUCCACUCAGACUAGAGAUGAAAACCCGUUCGCCAGUCUGACAGCCACGUCACAGCCAAUUGCCGCGGCAGCUCGGUCACCCGACAGAAACCUCACGCUAAAUACCGGCUCGGUCCCCGGAACGAGUCCCAUGUUCUGCGGUGUGGGUUCCUUCGGCGCCAGCUCUUUGUCUAGUUUUGGAGCCUGUGGUGGGGCAAGUUCUUGGGAUUCCUACAGUGACCAUUUCGCCAUUGAGACCUGCAAGGAGACAGAUAUGCUGAACUACCUCAUCGAGUGUUUUGACCGAGUUGGAAUAGAGGAAAAAAAAGCACCAAAGAUGUGCAGCCAGCCAGCGGUCAGCCAGCUUCUGAGCAACAUCCGCUCACAGUGCAUAUCCCACACUGCGUUAGUACUGCAAGGCUCCCUCACCCAGCCCAGGUCCAUGCAGCAGCCAUCCCUCCUGGUGCCGUACAUGCUGUGUAGGAACCUCCCAUACGGCUUCAUUCAAGAGCUGGUGAGAACCACUCACCAGGAUGAAGAAGUGUUCAAGCAGAUCUUUAUCCCCAUUUUGCAAGGCCUGGCGCUUGCUGCCAAAGACUGCUCCCUUGAGAGUGACUACUUUAAAUACCCCCUCAUGGCUUUGGGUGAGCUCUGCGAAACCAAGUUUGGGAAGACACACCCCGUGUGCAAUUUGGUGGCUUCCUUGCCGUUGUGGUUGCCUAAGUCCCUCAGCCCUGGGUCUGGGCGGGAGCUGCAGAGACUCUCCUACUUGGGGUCUUUUUUUAGCUUCUCAGUCUUCGCGGAAGAUGAUGCUAAAGUGGUUGAAAAAUAUUUCUCAGGGCCUGCUAUUACCCUGGAAAAUACUCGCGUGGUUAGCCAAUCAUUGCAGCAUUACUUGGAGCUGGGAAGGCAAGAGCUUUUCAAGAUUCUGCAUAGUAUCCUGUUAAAUGGUGAAACCCGGGAGGCUGCCCUUGGUUACAUGGCAGCUGUCGUCAAUGCCAAUAUGAAAAAAGCGCAGAUGCAGACAGAUGACAGAUUGGUUUCUACAGAUGGAUUUAUGCUGAAUUUUCUCUGGGUGCUGCAGCAGCUAAGUACAAAGAUCAAGUUAGAGACGGUUGACCCCACAUAUAUAUUCCACCCGAGGUGUCGGAUCACUCUGCCCACCGAUGAGACCAGAGUGAACGCCACGAUGGAGGAUGUGAAGGACUGGCUGGCGGAACUCUAUGGAGAUCAGCCUCCCUUUUCUGAGCCGAAAUUCCCUACGGAAUGCUUCUUUCUUACGCUGCACGCCCACCACCUCUCUAUCCUGCCAAGUUGCCGUCGCUAUAUCCGCAGACUCCGGGCCAUCCGGGAGCUCAAUAGAACCGUAGAAGAUCUGAAAAAUAAUGAAAGCCAAUGGAAAGAUUCCCCCCUUGCAACUAGACACCGUGAAAUGCUGAAGCGCUGCAAAACUCAGCUUAAGAAACUGGUACGAUGCAAGGCCUGCGCUGACGCUGGUUUACUUGACGAGAGCUUCCUGCGAAGAUGUCUGAAUUUUUAUGGCCUUCUCAUUCAGCUGCUGCUCCGCAUCCUGGACCCCGCCUACCCCGAUGUAACACUGCCUUUAAGUUCAGACGUCCCCAAGGCGUUUGCAGCAUUGCCUGAGUUUUAUGUAGAAGAUAUUGCUGAAUUUUUAUUUUUUAUUGUACAAUACUCGCCUCAGGUGCUGUACGAGCCCUGCACUCAGGAUAUCGUGAUGUUCCUCGUCGUGAUGUUGUGCAACCAGAACUACAUCCGCAACCCGUACCUGGUGGCCAAGCUGGUGGAAGUCAUGUUCAUGACCAACCCGGCUGUUCAGCCGCGGACGCAGAAGUUCUUUGAAAUGAUUGAGAACCAUCCCCUCUCCACCAAACUGUUGGUCCCUUCCCUGAUGAAGUUUUACACAGACGUCGAGCAUACCGGAGCGACCAGCGAGUUCUAUGACAAGUUCACCAUUCGCUACCACAUUAGCACCAUCUUUAAAAGCCUUUGGCAGAACAUCGCUCACCACGGCACCUUCAUGGAGGAGUUCAACUCUGGGAAGCAGUUCGUUCGCUAUAUAAACAUGCUGAUCAAUGACACGACGUUUCUGCUCGAUGAAAGUCUGGAGUCCCUGAAGCGGAUCCACGAGGUGCAAGAGGAGAUGAAGAACAAAGAGCAGUGGGAGCAGCUGCCCCGGGACCAGCAGCAGGCCCGGCAGUCCCAGCUGGCUCAGGACGAGCGGGUGUCACGCUCCUAUCUUGCCCUGGCAACGGAAACCGUGGACAUGUUCCACAUCCUCACGAAGCAGGUCCAGAAGCCCUUUCUCAGGCCAGAACUUGGACCCCGAUUGGCUGCAAUGCUGAACUUUAAUCUUCAGCAACUCUGUGGUCCCAAGUGCCGUGACCUGAAAGUUGAAAACCCCGAGAAAUACGGCUUUGAACCAAAGAAGCUGUUGGACCAACUGACAGAUAUUUACUUGCAGCUGGAUUGUGCGCGGUUCGCUAAAGCCAUCGCUGACGACCAGAGAUCCUACAGCAAAGAGUUGUUUGAAGAAGUUAUUUCGAAGAUGCGGAAGGCAGGGAUCAAAUCCACAAUCGCGAUAGAGAAGUUUAAACUCCUCGCCGAGAAGGUGGAGGAGAUAGUGGCCAAGAAUGCACGCGCCGAGAUCGACUACAGCGACGCUCCGGAUGAGUUCCGAGACCCUCUGAUGGACACCCUGAUGACUGACCCCGUGCGGCUGCCCUCCGGCACCAUCAUGGACCGCUCCAUCAUUCUGCGGCACCUGCUCAACUCCCCCACGGACCCCUUCAACCGGCAGACGCUGACCGAGAGCAUGCUGGAGCCAGUGCCAGAACUGAAAGAACAGAUUCACGCCUGGAUGAGAGAGAAGCAGAACAGUGAUCAUUAAACGUCCCUCGCCCACCCUCUGCUCGCAGCAGCCACGGCCAGCCAGGCAAGCAGAAGCAGCCUCGGUGUGAACUGCUCUUCAAAUGUGGAGGCCAGAUGUGGCGAAGACACCGAGAGCCACCCAACGCGGCCAAGCGGUGGCCUCUGCAAGGACAUGACCGAGAAGGAGCCCAAUUCCUGUAUAUAUAUUUAAGUGACAAAACUGGUCAAAAGCGUGAGGGACACCCUGAUUGAUUGCUGGUGUAAUGAAGCACGUCCUUCGUAUGUCACAAUUUGGGGCUUUUGCAGCGGAAGUUUUUUAGUGAUUGAUAAUGAAUGGGUUUGGGCAGCAUCCCCUCCAUCUUUUUUUUUUUUUUCUAAAUCCAAGAUCCAUUGAUUUAAUUGUGAUUAGAGAACCUUGGACAUUUUGCUGCUAAAGAAUCUUUCCCCUUCCCUUCCUCUCCUGCCCCUACAUGCACUGCUGUGGAUUUUUUUAAGAGAAACGAAAACAAAAAUAAAUUCCUUUCCCUGGCUCUCCAAACAUAUAUUCUGUGAGAUAACUGUGCCUGCAACAAAGUGUUAAUCCUGGGAUCGUAUUUUUAUAUCAUAUUCACAUAUUUGUUUUUUUAAUUGGUGUUAGAUGACAUGAUUAAUAAAAAAGGCAAGAUAUUUUCAGAAUUUGAAUUUCAGUUUUUAUUUUUAUUUUGAAAUGGCCCUUAAAUUUUUUUUUUUUUAAAUUCUAAGCAAAAUGAAGAGAAUUCUGUUGCUCUGGUUCUUGUCAUAAACCCUCUCUAGGAACGUAAGGAGCAGCUGCAGCAAAGGGAAUGCUUACGUCUAUCAGGAUUAAAUGACUUAGGGUUUGGGGGGGAAGGGAGGUUGGUGUUUUUAAUGCUUCGUGACCGUUCGAAACCUUUACAGUUAUCCUAUGAGGAGGGUCCAUAAAUUCCUCAACUCCUGGGUCUGUGAGUUCAAGGCAGGGGUCAUGUACAUGAUGUGUCCUUUGGGGCUUGGCCGUACCAAAGCAGAAAAGGGGUGCCAGAAAUGUGGAGCGAUGUCUGCUUGUAAAAACACACACAGGCAAACACCCACACACACGCACAAAAACAUAAGACUUUUUGUAUUGCCGCUCCCUACUUAACAUACUUGAAUUCUCGAAUUUCCUUUGGGGUAAAAAAGGAUUUGAAACCAUAAAGUGUUUUUGAAGAAAUUAAGUCUACAAAAACUUUCUUUUUCUUUUCCUUUUUUCCCCCUCCCCUCCACAGACAAUGUCCUCUGUUCAUUUCCUAAUGCAAACUACAAUAAAUGGUGAUACACAUUUAGAAGGCA